AUGCAGCGAAGCGGGGAGCCUUCCUGGGUCGACAAGGCCAAGAUGGGGUUCAUGAUGGGUGCAUCAGCGGGCAUGUGUGUUGGCUUCUUGUACGGCUCCCUGACAGUUUUACGAGGCGGUCCUGAGCCUGGAAGGGGCUACAUGUCAACGGUUGGAAAGUACAUGCUGCAACACGGUGCUAUGUUGGGCUUCUUUCUGAGCAUUGGAGCUUUCUUGCGUGCAGAGGAACAGCGUAUCGAAUAUCCACAACCCAAGUCGUUUACGCCAUGGGGUAUACGGCAGGCCAGAUUACCAAUUAUCGUGGAACGGACGCCGUUGGUUGCACCCACCCGAGAUGGCCGCUCGUCCUUUUAG